AUGGCUGAAAAAUUAUCAGAGCAACAAAUUGCAGAAUUCAAAGAAGCUUUCUCAUUGUUCGACAAGGAUAGUGAUGGAAAGAUUACCACCAAGGAGUUAGGCACAGUCAUGAGAUCCUUGGGCCAAAACCCGUCAGAAAGCGAAUUGACAGAUAUGGUCAACGAGGUAGAUGUCAACUCUGACGGAUCGAUUGACUUUCCGGAAUUUUUAACCAUGAUGGCCAGGAAAAUGAGAGAUACUGACUCUGAAGCAGAAAUUGCUGAAGCUUUCAAGGUAUUCGACAGAAAUGGGGAUGGAAAGAUAAGUGCAGCUGAAUUGAGACACGUGCUCACGUCUAUUGGUGAGAAACUAUCUGAUGCCGAUGUUGACCAGAUGAUUAAAGAAGCCGAUACCAAUAACGAUGGUGAAAUCGAUAUUCAAGAAUUUACUCAAUUGUUGGCCGCUAAGUAA